AUGACAAUAUCCCGCAAACGGCUCUUGCCUAGCAUAUCAGCCGAACAAAAUGCGAGAAAGAAACCCAGGAACAAUGCUCCCUGCACUCGAUGCUCUGUCUGCACACGCUUGUUCUCGCAACAAGGACUUCGAGCUCUGAAUUCCGAAGAUGGCUUCUUUCAUCAAACCCGUGAAGGGUUCAUAUCGAACCUGGAAAGUUGCGAUUUAUGCAGUUUCAUAUUCGGGCUGGCAUCGAUAGAGUUCGAUGGUGUCUGGGCACCAAACACGCAUCUCAUAUUCCGAAACUCGAAUGAGAGUCUUGACCGCCGCAAUCUUGGCGUCAACGCCCUGGAGGGGACUCUCGAGGACUCAGAUAGGGCCAUAACUAUCUAUCCCUUUAUGAAAGAAAAUGACCCUCUCAGCAGAAUGAUAUCCCGAAGGCCACUGUGCAGAGACGUGGAAAGCCCACAGGUCUUUGAAGCAGCCAAGAAGCUCAUCGAUGCUUGUUUGUGCCCAAAAGACCCGAAAUUGGGACAUCAAAGGUGCCGCUAUUCAAGAGACAAAGUCCUACCCUCGCGGGUGAUACGAGUCAGCGACCAAUCCGCCCAGCUACAGAUCAACAAAACUCACAUACGCGGAUCCUAUCUGGCCCUGAGCUACUGCUGGGGAGAGCCAGACCCGAACAAACAGAGCAACAUCUCCAAACUGCAAAAAGACAACGUGGAAAAGCUCGUGCAGCAGAUCAGCGUUGAAGAACUGGAGCAAUCGGUCCAAGACGCCAUAAACGUUACACGGCAGUUAAGAUUUAUUUACCUAUGGGUCGAUAGGCUCUGCAUCAUCCAGGACUGUGAAACGGAUAAGGCGCAUGAAAUUGCGAAGAUGGCGACUAUCUAUAAGAAUGCCGAGAUCACUUUGGCAGCUGGUACUGCUACACAGGCAUCGGAGGGGUUUCUGGGGAACUUGCCGAAUACUGCUCCGUAUUUGCCUCAGCACAAGUUUGUGGUUCCAUUGGAGAAUGACUUCAGAGGCACGGUAUAUCUUUCCGGCAAGCCCUACGAACCCAACCACCCUCUUGAUAAACGAGGCUGGACGUUGCAAGAGUACAUGCUAUCGUCUAGGAUGAUCAUCUUCUCUGACUAUCAGCUACUCUGGCAAUGUCAGGAGAUUGAGUUACAGAGUGUCACAGGCAACGACUCGGGCGUGGAAUAUCAACAGCAUCUCGAAUCUCUUCCCUGGGCGGCUUUCGAUGAAGAAGGCGAGCCAUCGUACGGCACGCACGAAUCCGAGAAGCUGUAUCUGUGGAAGACUAUCAUCAUGCAGUACACCGGAAGGGAUCUGAGAUUCGCUACAGAUCGACUCAAUGCCGUGACUGGUAUCAUAACUGAGUUACAGAAGGUAUGGAGAGAUUCGCAUAUCUACGGUCACUGGGAACGCUGGUUUAUUGAAUUGCUGGCCUGGAGCAUCCCAGAAAAGCAUAAACUGAGAGAGAGAAACCUCCUGCGAGCGCCAAGUUGGUCUUGGGUCUCAGUCGAUGGCAAAAUUGAGUUCAAAGAUGCUGUCACAACAAGAGACGCAACUGUUGAGAUCUUGACCGCAAGGAUGGUUACGCUUAAGUGCCGGGCUCUUAUGUACAAUGAUAUCGACGAUUCAUACUGGCCGUCCCUUACACAGAACUUUGAUCUUGUAGAUUCAGCUGUGGAGGAAGAGUUUCUGGUCAUGCAGCCCGAGUAUCUCCUCCUCGGCAGCACAAUCACAAGCAAAGAUGAAGAAAAAGGGCUGGGUCUGAUAGUACUCAGAAUAGAUGCUGGGAGUUAUCGGAGAGUUGGUCUAGCUACUUUUGGAGAUAUGUCACUCUGGGAUGGUAUCAAGUAUCGGACGGUUGAGUUGGAGCCGAAGCAAAAGUAG